UUUUGAAAGCAACCAAGAUGGCGAUUACGCAGCCCAAAGGAGAUGAAGCUUCAAAUCGUUCUAUGUCCUCAUACUAUGAGGGUGUGCUGAUAGAUGAAGUUCUUGAGACUCAUGAUGAUUAUGAUAAGCUUGCCUUUCCUCUCAAGCCGGUUCUUGACAUAAUUGAGCUCAUCUUUGGUGGUGCCACCGCAGAAUUCCCUGGUGUAAUUCAGGGGUUGCUGUCACAAGAAGAUGGAGAUGAUCAUAAGGCCGUUUAUUCUGGCCCCCAUGACAGGCUUGAACUUCCGAGAGUGACCACUGCGAUCUCUGACAUGAUCUUUUGCGAUUGGUUGGACGGAGGAGAUGCGCAUAAGACAACUAUGGACAUACUGCAUAUGAUCAAACAUUACAAUUGGGAUGCAAAGUUGGUGCUUGUUGUGGCAGCUUUUGCUAUGAACUUUGGCGGGUUUCGGCUGGUUGCCCAGCUUCAUUUCACCAACCCUCUUGCCAAGGCUGUUGCACUCCUCAAGAAAUUGCCAGAAAUGUUGGAGUUUUCUGGGAAUAUGAAACCAAAGCUUAAGGUCCUUUUUGUUCUGAUCAAGGCAAUACUUGACAUGGUGAAGACAAUUGUGGAAUUAUGUGAGCUUUUCUGCAAGGAAGACUUCACUGCUGAAUCCCCUGAAGUUAUAGCUACUAGUAGUGCUGAUGUUGCCAUAGCUGUUUACUGGACCAUCCGGGGUACAGUGGAUUGCGCAUCACAAUUUGUGGGACUCAUAGGCAUCGGUCCCAAUUACUUAUUAUUGGAGACAUGGGAUGUGGCAUCUUUGGCCCAUAAGCUUGAGAAAAUACGAAGCCAACUUGUGCAUCAAAUCAAUGUUUGUUAUAGAUUCAUUGAGAAGAAGAAAGAUGAUGAAAUACUUGAUGGGAUAGCACGGGUUUUAGAAUCGUCACAUAUCGAUAACUCAAAGUCUCUCAACAUUUUGUUUCACGAGAAUGGUCAUCAGCAAGCACUCUUUGAUUGCCUUCACCAGAAUUUGGUUUCCAUAAAAGAUUUAAGGGGAAAGGUCGUGGGGCUAUACAUUACAGACCUCGACAUUGUCACUGAGGAUUAUUUGAUCUUACAGCAAAUGUACCCUGAAAUGCUGGAUGAUCAAAGGCGAAUCGAGUAUCAGUAUGAGAUAGUUUGGGUCCCUGUUGUGGAUCAUUGGACGAAUAGGAAAGACCGGCAAUUUGAGAGCUUAAGAGACCAAAUGGAAUGGCUCUCAGUGAACCGUCCUUCAGAGAUAGCUUCGCAGGUGAUUAGAUACUUCCGGGAGAGGUGUAACUUUGUCAAGAAACCAAUUCUCGUGGUGAUGGAUACCGAAGGCAAAAUCGUGCACAAGGAUGCGAUCCAAAUGUUUUGUAUUUGGGGGAACCAAGCUUAUCCUUUUAGUUUGGACAAAGAGACAUCUCUGUGGCAGAAAAUGAGCUGGACAGUUUCCCUUCUUGCAGAAGGAAUCGACCAAUAUUUACCUGACUGGAUCCAAGAAGGAAAACAUAUUUGCUUAUAUGGAGGAGAAGACAUAGAAUGGAUUCGGAAAUUCACCAGGACUGCAAAAGGUGUUGCACUAGGAUCUGGGAUUGACUUGGAGAUGCUUUAUGUUGGUAAGGACAGAGCUCGGGAGAGAGUCGUGAGGAAGAUCGCCAAUGCUAUUCAAAGAGAAAAGCUAAGCAAAGUGCUCGGGUGGAAACUUAUCUCCUACUUCUGGUUACGGAUGGAGAAAAUGUGCAUCUCUGAACCCCCGGAGGGCAUAACAGAGGAGUUAACAAAGUCUGAGCUGUUUGUGCCAACGGACCCAGUCUUUGCAGCCAUGACAGACGAAACAAUGCCCGAUUUUUCCUUGCCGAAUGAUCGAGUCUUUUCAGCACAGACCUACAAUCCUAUAUUUAGCGGGAUAAUUAAAAUACUUAGCUUUGGAUCCAGCAGCAAAGGGUGGGCUGCAAUCAGCGGGGGAUCUGAGAACCCGUUAUUGUUCGAGGCUGAUGGAGAAGCAUUGUUGAAAGCUCUAACUGAGCAUGAGAAGUGGAAGCAAAGUGCAGAGAAUUAUGGCUUUGUAACCGCCCUGGCGAGGUACUAUCACGAGCUUUGUAACGAUCUACCACACUGCAUCAAUGUGAUAUUGCCCAACACCCAAUUGAAGGGAAUUUCUUGUGCUGUAUGUAACAACCCCAUGGAUAAGAUGGUCAUGUAUAGCUGCUGCACUGAUAGAGCUUCAUAUGGAUACUAUGAUUAGCAGCACUAUACAUACAGUGACCCCAGGAUUGUUACCGGUUGAUUGAUAUCUGUGGGACUUUUUAACUAAAAUUCAGUAAAUAAAUUUAAUGGCAGUUACGAUAUGUGAUUCUGCCA